ACGCGGCGGGAGGCGCCAUGGCCGAGACCGCGCCCGUCCCCGCGCCCGACGUGGCCGCUGCCGCCGCCCCGGCCCCGGCCAAGGGUUCGGCCGCCGCCAAGAAGCCGAAGAAGGCGGCGGGCGGCUCCAAAGCUCGCAAGCCGGCGGGCCCCAGCGUCACCGAGCUGAUCACCAAGGCCGUGUCCGCCUCCAAGGAGCGCAAGGGGCUCUCGCUCGCCGCGCUCAAGAAGGCGUUGGCCGCCGGCGGCUACGAUGUCGAGAAGAGUAACAGUCGUAUCAAGUUGGGGCUUAAGAGCCUGGUCAGCAAGGGCACCCUGGUGCAGACCAAGGGCACCGGCGCCUCCGGCUCCUUCCGUCUUAGCAAAAAGCCCGGCGAAGUGAAGGAAAAAGCCGCCAAGAAGCGGACAGCCGCCGCCAAGCCCAAGAAGCCGGCAGCCAAGAAGCCCGCUAGCGCCGCCAAGAAGCCCAAGAAAGCGGUGACAGUGAAGAAGAGCCCCAAGAAAGCGAGGAAGCCGGCGGCUGCCGCGGCCAAGAAGGUGGCCAAGAGCCCCAAGAAGGUGACCAAGGCUGCCAAGCCCAAAAAAGCGGCGGUAGUAGCAGCGAAGAGCCCGGCCAAGGCGAAGGCGGUGAAGCCCAAAGCAGCCAAGCCCAAGGCGGCCAAGCCCAAAGCAGCCAAGGCGAAGAAGGCGGCGCCCAAGAAGAAAUAGAUCGUCCUGAAAAAAUCCUGUCUGCCUUGCAGAUAAACCCAACGGCUCUUUUAAGAGCCACCCAAGCUUUCCCAAUAAGAGCUGAAACGCUU